GCGGGAGUCUGCGUAGACGAAUUAGUGUCCUGACAAUAAUUGGAGUGUGAAUGAAUAUUCAGCGCAUCGCUCUUGCUUGUGUAGAAUUGUGAGUUUUCCAUUUUGCAUCCACUUACGUCAGUCUUGAUUUUAUGCUUUGUGACUGUUUACUAAAAAGGUCAUGUUUCAUGCUUGAUGGCAUGUGCUUUUGCAUAAUGUGUAGCUGGUGUUUUCUGAGUGCGGCAUAAUAAGUUGGAUGAAGCAAAAAGGUCACGCAAGCGUGUAAUCUUGCCGACCCUUUACUCUGCUCAGCGAUGCUUUUUGUCCUGUUUUGACUUCUCUUAACCGCUGUGCUCUAAUUCAUGCCAUCUGUGCCUCAUCACCCCUCUUCCUCUCCUGUCCUCCUCCGCUUCCAAAAAGUGUUUUUCCCUUCCUCAUUAAUGUGUUUCUCUGCCCGCUCACGCUGCUGAAGGCAUCUAUCUCUUGCUCUGUGGCUCUUAUCGCUGCUCGUCGAUUCUUAUUUCUCCCGAUUUGUCUCCCACCGACUGCCUCACUAACUCCCGCCCUACCCCUCCUCCUCUUCCCUCGCUAUCUCUCCGUGCACACUUGAUUCAUUUGACACAUCACGGAGGAAUUCAUCAUUUUUGCGCGGUGAAGGAUUUAAAAGGUGGAUGUUUCACUUUUUGAGCGGAUCCAAGCCCUUAAGCUGGACCCAAUAUGUUUUAUUUCCAGCUGGUCAUCAUGGCAGGGACCGUGCUGCUGGCGUACUACUUUGAGUACACGGACACCUUCCCCGUGCACAUCCAAGGUUUCUUCUGCUUCGACAAAUCGUACUCCAAGCCGUACCCAGGACCGGAGGACUACAGCAAAGCGCCUCCUGUUCUCGUCUACUCCCUGGUUACGGCCAUCCCGACUGUGACGAUUCUGAUUGGAGAAGUGACCAGUUUCUUUGUAAAGUCAGAGGGAGCUCAGGAGAAGACCAUCGUGACCGCAGACUGCUGCUAUUUCAACCCGCUCCUCCGCAGGAUCGUCCGUUUUCUGGGCGUCUACUCCUUCGGCCUCUUUACGACCACCAUCUUCGCCAACGCGGGUCAAGUGGUGACAGGGAACCAGACGCCUCAUUUCCUGAGCGCGUGCAAGCCCAACUACACGGCUCUUGGCUGCCAGUCCUCACUGCAGUACAUCACAGAGCAACGUGCUUGCACAGGCAACCCUUUCUUGGUGGCGUCCGCCCGCAAAUCGUUCCCCUCCAAAGAUGCGGCACUCAGCUUUUACUCAGCCAUCUACACUGUGAUGUAUGUGACCCUGGUUUUCCGCACCAAGGGGACCCGUCUGACCAAGCCGACAUUGUGCCUGGUGCUCCUCUUGCUGGCAGUGCUGGUGGGCGUGGUGAGGGUGACAGAGCACAGGAACCACUGGAGCGACGUACUGGCCGGCUUCAUCACCGGAGGAGCCAUCGCCGCCUUCUUGGUGUCAUGUGUGAUCAACAAUUUCCGGCCGGCCCAAACGGUGGUGCCGAACCCUCCUCUUCCAGCACCACAGCCUUUGGAGACGCCGGCUGGGAUUCCUCUGCUUACUCUGCCCCGCGUUGAGAGUCCACUCGAAAAGUUAAGUGGCCUUCAGGCUCCAGGGUUACCAUAUUCUGAGAUCACAUGACGAUCAGCCAAUCCCGGACCCCACCCCCGUUCACCACCCCUUGCGGAGGUGCCUCACCAGCUCAGUCUAGACCGGUCUGACGACGGCGCCACCCAGCCCUGUCCCGCCCACCACGGGGGGCGACUCCCUCUCCGCCGGGUGAAAUCCACACAGGUGUGAAGGUCCACGGACAGAACGGCGGCAUGAGCGGGUGGCCGGCUUGCCGAGCUGUCACAAGGAGGCGACCAGCCGCCCCACUUCUGUCUUGUUAGUACUUUUUUUCCUCUCCUCUCUCGGGAGCAAAAUGAGCCGAGGUAAGGCUCGUUCAAGCCAGCUGUGUUGAAGCAAUACUCCGCCCCCCCAUGUCCCCGCCAGAACUCCACAACAAGUUUGUCACUCUGAUCAAAACUUAGUGGAGCAGACACUUUGAGGACCGGGAGAGAAGCCUAAUAAGAUCAGUGGAUCGUCCACUGGAGAUGCUUUUCUAACACUCAGGACAAUUCAGUGUGGAAAGAGAUGUUUCGGAGUCAACAAAUACACAGUACAAGCAAUGUUUCUGUCCUCAAAAGCAGUGUUUCCCAACGUUUAUUGAGCCAAUUUUACAUGAGCAAAACCAAACAUCACACCACCAAACAGAAAAAAAAAAAAAAAUCACAAAAAGUAUACUGAAAUAAUGAUGAUGUCAUCCCAAUGUGUAAUCUAGUUUAUCUGAGCUCAGCGCUAUUACGCUGUUUUAUCAGUGGCAACAGGUAUAUAUACUUUCAUAUACUUUCACCUUCUGACAUUGAGUGAAAGAGUGUCAGUAGAUGUCGCUGGCAUUUUCAAAUUUUCAGAUUUGUUCUAACACUUGUGUUUGACCUUGUUGAUAAAAUAAGUUCUGUUAAGUUAGCAGUAAAAAUAAUUUCCAUUACCGGUGUGUCUUAACAUCUUUAAAAAGUGCAUUCUGUAGCUACAUAUGCGACCAGGUGCACUAAUAAAACAAACAUAGGCUACUUAAUCAAUAAUUCCUCCCUAUCUUCAGAAUUUUGAUGUGACUGACGUAUCUCAUAAAUAUGACGCACGCAGCAUUUCAAGCUCUCGCACCCUUUUCUCAUGUCGAGCUCUGGGAAGCACAUUCCUCUGAUCAGAAGUUUCCAACCCUUGACUAAAUUACUGCUUUUGACCGGUUAUGAAUAUUUGUGAUGAAAAAAUAUUUUCUAUGGCAUUUGGACGUUCACAUUUUAGUGAAUGUUUAAUUGAUGUUAGGAUUGAUGGGUCCUUAGCGGGAUAGUGUUGGAUAGAGGGGAUGCCCUGCCCCCAAAAAAAGACCAAGCAAAUAAAAAUUCUUCAGUAUCUACUAAUUAGCUUUAAAACAAUUUUCACAGUAUUAUCUUUCAUUAUAGAGACUUUAAGUACACUGUGUAUCAGUGACUUCUUGUCAACAUCAAUCAAAUGGACAUCACUGCCAUAAAGCCUCUUUCACACAGAGAUCCUGCAAAAUUGGCCGCAUCAGAGCCAUAACAGGUGUCACAUUAGUCAUUUGCCGCCUUUGCUCUGAAAGCACAGAAACCGGUGAAGGUGGUCUUAGAUGGCAAUUCAACGAGACAUUGUGGGGAAAGUGAAACUGAAUUCAGUUUAGCUUUUCCAGUUUUCCCUUACACGCAGUCACCAUCCCGCCUCUGUUACAGCUCUGAUACUACCUCCCAAGUCAGAAAAUGUCCCGGUCACCUUUCAUCCGAUCUAUAUUGUUCCUGUGCUGUUUAAAGAGAAUGGCGGGACAGGAAAAGGGUGAGAAAACAUACCUUCUUUUACUGGCAGUGUGUCAAAGGGGCUUACAUAAAAGAGAGCAGAAAGCACGUUUGUCAAUUAUAGCACAGAUUUAGCAUUUGGCAAUCUGUCAUGUUGUUAUUGUGUCGUGCACUGAGUGAUGUGACAGAAGGGACAUUUAUACUCCACAAAUCUUAAGCGUAAUAGCAUAGUUGCUAAAGGCAUAUUCAAACAUUUUCAGGAAACAUGAAAAAAAAACCACAUUCAACAAUGAAAAAGAGUCCACUUGCCUCAACUCAGCCUUUGUGGAUGACCAGUAUGACUGACAAUAUAUGUAGACAUAAAGGGAACAAAAACAGUUUUGAGUGUGUGCAUUGGUCUUUUUAUAUAAUUUAAAUUGACUUUGGCAAUUAUGCUAUUAGGCUAAGAAAAUAUAUUUUCAUGUGUGUGUGAACUGACGUUUCUCUUUUGAUACUUUUUGGAGGGUCGUCCGAUUGGCAGGAACUCCUGCCUGUCAUACUCUAAUAUUUGUUGUUGCAGAUCUCUUAUUGACGUCCCGUUCAUUUUGUUCCGGCUUCAUUCCAGCAUAUAGAAACCAGUGGCUCGGAAUUUCGAGGCAAUGUCAACUAGCUGUUUUGUACAGUCAAUGAAAGGUUUUCUUACACUUAACGCUAUACGCUUAUAUGAUUAUGUCUACAGCGAGGGGCGUGCGUGUGUGUGUGUGUGUGGGUGUGUGUGUGUGUGUGUGUGUGUGCGCGCGCGCCUGAGUGUGCCUGUUUUUGCGUCUGCUCACAAUCAAAAGGACUAACUGUGUUUGUCUAAAUGUGCUCUUCGAUUGACUGGUAGAACUGUCCACGCUAUGCCCCACCAAAUUCAACUGGGAUCGGCUCCAGUGAUCUGCAAAACCUAAUGAGGACGACGGUCUAGAAAAUGGAUGGAUGGAUAUCAUUCAUGUUUUUUUUUUUUUUUUAUUAUGUGAGUGUGUUUGUGUGUACAAGUAUUCAUGAACAUUUGGAAUGACAGCACCAUUGUUGCUUUGGCAACCUGUGUCGCUUAAGUUGAACUAAUACAACGUGUUGCCGUAAUGAUACUCCUGUGUGGAACUGAUCUCUUUAUGGCCCUUUCUUUGAAGGACCCUUGCCAAGACCAACCCAGUCCAACACCAAUAAGAAAAAAAA